AUGAUGCUCCCCGCGGUGCUCCUGCUGCUGGCCCUCGCUGGGCCGGCCCGGGGCCUGGGCUCCCUGGUGCACUGCGAGCCGUGCGACGAGAAGGCGCUGUCCAUGUGCCCGCCCAGCCCGCUGGGCUGCGAGCUGGUCAAGGAGCCGGGCUGCGGCUGCUGCAUGACGUGCGCGCUGGCCGAGGCGCAGGCGUGCGGCGUGUACACGGAGCGCUGCGCGCAGGGCCUGCGCUGCCUGCCGCGCCAGGACGAGGAGAAGCCGCUGCACGCGCUGCUGCACGGCCGCGGCGUCUGCAUGAACGAAAAGACCUACCGCGAGCAAGUCCGGGCCGAUCGGGAAUCCCAGGAGCACGAGGACCCAACCACCGCUGAGGGGGCUGAGGAGACCUACCCCACCAAGCACUUCCGUCCCAAUUCCAAACACUCCCGCAUCUCCGAGCUGAAGGCCGAGGCCGUGAAGAAGGACCGCAGAAAGAAGCUGAGCCAGGCCAAGUUUGUGGGGGGAGCCGAGAACACCGCUCAGACCCGGGCCAAUGCUGCCCCCGAGAUGAGACAGGAAUCCGAACAGGGCCCCUGCCGCAGGCACAUGGAGGCUUCCCUGCAGGAGCUUAAAGCCAGCCCUCGGAUGGUGCCCCGUGCCGUGUACCUGCCCAACUGUGACCGCAAGGGAUUCUACAAGAGAAAGCAGUGCAAGCCUUCCCGUGGCCGCAAACGCGGCAUCUGCUGGUGCGUGGACAAGUACGGGAUGAAGCUGCCGAGCAUGGAGUAUGUUGAGGGGGACUUCCAGUGCCACUCCUUCGACAGCAGCAACGUUGAGUGA